AUGACAAUCAGUACGAGGGGAAAACACAUCAAGAACAGCACUAGCAAUUCAACAGUGAAGGUCUCAGUCCUGCGGAGCCCUUUCUACUCUUCUUUCCCACAGCUGGUGUCCGCCCUGCACAGCCUCACCCGGCACGUCGUGUUCCGCGGCUUGACGGGAGCCGAGGACAUCCUCGCUCUGUUUCCAGAAAACUUCCACCAAAACCUGAAGAACCUUUUAACUAAGAUAAUCUUGGAGAAUGUCUCUGCUUGGAGAAACGAGGCACAAGCAAGUCAGAUCUCCCUGCCUCGGCUGGUUGACAUGGACUGGAGGGUAGAUAUCAAGACAUCUUCAGACACCAUCAACAGAAUGGCAGUCCCUACUUGUCUGCUACAGUUAAAGAUUCAGGAAGAUGCUGCCUUAUGUAGAAAUAGUCCUGUUGUUUCUGCACUGACUGUGGAACUGAGUAAAGAAACCCUGGACACUAUGUUAGAAGGUCUAGGAAGAAUCCGGGACCAACUUUCUGCUGUUGCAAACAAAUGAAAACCCAGUAAUGUGAAUUCCAGCAGUGUGGAAGGGAAAUAUUCUGUGCCCACGACUCUCCUAAGUUGCAACUUACUAUAGCGUGUUUUAUGUAUUAGCCAAACAUAAUUAAAAAGAUUUAUUUUUUUGAGUUAACAAGAUAGCUUUUCAAAAGCUAACAUUUAAACAUUCCUUUGGCCUGGUGCCAAAAAGUGUUUUCAUAACGUUAAAAAAAACACAAAAAAAAAAACAGUUCUCUAUUUCAGAAAAAGGUUUAAGGGCUCAGAGCUUGGUUUAAUCACAAGGGUCAUAAUUGGAAAUGGCAAAUAGCUGCAGCCAAUGAUGCAAGUGCUAUCUUCCUGCCCAGAAAUUAGGAUCUAAAAGGCUCAAGCUGGUUAAUGGGCUGCCUUCCAACAUUAGCAGACAAGGAGGGUACUUCUCCCUGUAAUGCGUGUGUACUGAGGUGCAUGCUAGAUGUAGCGCUCUCCUUCUCAAUGAAGCACAGCCAUGCUGCAGAUUGUUAUUACAGGAUAAUGCUUUGAAAUGGGGCAAUUAUGCUACAACACAUUCCCUUCUGAUCAGCUUUAUAGCACCAUUUGCAAAAUGACUAGUCUGAACAUCUUUAGCUGCAAACAAUUUCCUCCUUCUGUUUGAAAAGAAAAAAGGAGUUCAUAUAAUUAAUGUUUGUGUUUAUUAGACUUUGGACUUUGCAGAAAAUGCAGACUGAAGAAAUUAAGAAUUGAUAGUCUUUGUGCUGCCUUUCUACAGUGAAUGGUGCCUGUACUUCCCCAAAGCGUUCAGAUGUUUGUAUAAAUCUUUAUUUAAUUAAAAAAUGAACUGCUAAUUGA